CAUAUGUGUAGUAGUAUUUGUUAGUUGGGGACGGCCAGCUGAGUAAGACCUGUUUCUACUAUAUCUGUUUAGAGGGGUGUGGGAGCUGUAUAGAUAGAGACUACUGCUUACUCCACCUCCUUCUUUCUCUUCUUCCUUAUCUUUCUUCAACCAAUCUUCAUCUUUUUUUUGUUCUCUGUCAAUUGUGAGGGAAAGAGAAAGAAAAAGUGAGUGAGAGAUGGGGAAUUGCCAAGCUAUAGAUGCUGCAGCUUUAGUUAUACAACACCCAAAUGGGAGGAUAGAUAGGCUGUAUUGGCCAGUAAGUGCGAGUGAGGUGAUGAAAAUGAACCCGGGUCACUAUGUUUCUUUGAUCAUCCCUUUGCCUGUUUCUGAGGAAGGGAAUCAGGAGGAGCAGAAGGCCGCCGUGAGGUUCACCCGUGUUAAGCUUCUAAGGUCUAAUGAUACUCUUACUCUUGGCCAUGCUUAUAGGCUUGUCACUACACAAGAGGUUGUGAAUGUGUUGCGGGCAAAGAAGUCUGCUAAAAUGAAGAAGCAGCAGUCGGAAACAGCUGAGAAUUCACAGACAAAGCCAGAGAAACCGAGUUUGGGUUGUGAGGAAGAAGGGAAGCCUGACAAGGAGAAGACAUACCAGGCGAUGAGACAUGAAAGACAAAGAACAAGGACAACACAAAUGAAUCCUGCUGCGAUAAGGUCAAAAUCUUGGCGCCCCUCGUUACAGAGUAUCUCUGAGGCUACGAUAUGAUUUGUGCUUUCAACAUUUAGCUGUCACAUGCUGUUUGUUAAUCCACUGCCACUUUCAUUCCCUGAUGUUCUACAUAGAUGCACCUCCAAUGUGAGCAAAAAGAUUCACUAAAUUUAUGGAGGUAGCAAAAUUUCAAAUACAUCAUCAACCAUAGCCCCAAAUUCAAACCAUUUUUAAGUAAUAAGACAUCUGUAUAGGCUACAAAAAGUGCAACAAAUCUGACUUUGUAUUGCAAGUAAUAUUUUGUUAUGGAUACAGA